AUGUUUUCUUCAAAGGAUGCUUAAAUUCCUCAAAUCUGCAUAGAUUUUAUUAUUGGAGCAAGCUCUGGAAUCUUACCUAAGCUAAUUGUGAGCUCUUUCUAUGAACUUUAAUUUUUGAUAAUGAUUGGGUAUCCAUAUUAGAAAUAGAAUCAGCCUAUUGGAGUAUUGGAUGGCUGUAAAUAAGUUAUUAUGGAUGGCACGUUGUUGAGACAAUUAAGAAAAAAUACUAGGAUAGUUAGAUUUUCAUUAAUUUAAGGAUUCAAAUUUUCAAUUUACAAUGCUUUAAAUAGAUUGAGCUUAUCAAAAAUUGAUGUGAAUAGGCAAUUACUAAUGUGAAUAAUAUACUUUAAUCUAUGUAGAUACUUUGGGUAUUCUUUAUUAAAUGGAGGAAUUGCAGGAGUUGUUAUAUUGCCAAUAUUUUACCAAUUAGAUUUUAGUAGAGUGAGAUUGGCGAACAAUUUAAUAAAAGCAUAGAAAGAAAAAUAAAAAUUCGGAUUCAUGUUAAGAGACAUGUAUAAGGGAUUUGGGAUGACAGCUAUCUGUUCAUUUAUAUACAAAGCAUGCUAUUUUGGGUAGAUUCAUAAUAUUAAUAUUAAUAAGUGGGUAUGAUACUGGGUAAUACAUAAUAUGGGGAGAUUAAUUAGCUAAGAGAAACGAAUUGAAUUUGAGCAACUUUUUAUUAGCAUAACUUGUAGUCUCUUCAUCAGAAUUACUGGUGCAUCCACUGGAUACUGCGAGAAAACAAAUAAUGCUAAAUUCUGCAAGUUGCCAAUAAUUUGUAAUAAUUAAACUUAUAAUUAAAGGGAUUAUUUGAUUAUAUAUUUAAUAUCUACAAAAAGGGAGGUAUAAGGGAGAUAUUUAAGGGAUAUAUUCCAAUAAAACCAAGGCAGUUAGUUCCUUCUACUUAACUUUUAAUAUAUGAUAAAUUAUAACAAACAUUCAAUUUUUAAGCAUACUAUUGA